CUGUGACGAGUAGCAUCGGCGGCUAUGGUCGUCAUCUGAUUGGCGGAUGAUCAUUCAUGGGAAAGGCUGACGGCGUGACUUUGAGGGCGAGUUGUUGGGCAUUCUUACAUGUUAUAUUUGUUGUCAGAUAAAGUCCUGUUAAGAAUUAUCACUUAGAGUGUCGUACUUGGUAAUUAGCCCCUCCGCGUACAGAUGGAUCGAGCCGCGACCCUUUGCAUCAGUCCGAAUAACGAAAGUUGACGCCCCACGCACGCACUGAUGCACACAUCGAGUUUCAUGGGCUACAAUGUUCUUUCGAAAGCAGCGGCGCCCAAAGCCUGACCUGCAUCCCAGCAGCUCCACAGGCAGUCGCGACUCGACCAAGGGCCUGAGGAACCUGUUUCCUCUGUCGAAGCCGCAGUCCAAGACUUCAACAACCCUAGACGAACAACCAAAGGUCGAAAAGGGGUCCCUUGGACUAAAUCUUCUGUAUUGCCCAACAGAGCCCGAGAUCGACCUCAUCUUUGUUCAUGGAUUGGGCGGCAAUUCAAGAAAGACAUGGAGCAAGUCGUUCGCAGACCAGUCUCACUUCUGGCCUGAGGAUUGGCUCUCCCAGGAUCCAGCAUUCAGAAAUGUCCGUAUUCAUAGCUAUGGGUAUGACUCGUACUAUUUGAAAGGUAAGGAAGACUGCUUGAACGUUCAUCACAUCGGCAAGUCAUUCCUAGGUGCCAUUAGCAUCGCGCCAUGUAUUGCGAACUCCAAAACCUACAUCAUCGUUAUCGGCCACAGCAUGGGCGGACUGGUAAUGAAGAAGGCAUACAUUUUAGCCAAGCAAGACGCAGAACACAAUGCGCUGGCUUCACGUUUCGCUGCUUUUUAUUUCCUCGCUACGCCACAUCGUGGUGCAAACUCAGCAAAGAUGCUCAAAAACCUGCUCAAGAUCGCGUACGACCGUACCUACGUUGGCGACUUGGAGCCAAACUCUGAAGCAGUUCAAGUGAUCAAUGAUGAAUUUCGUCACUUCUCGGCUGACCUCGAGCUCUGGUCGUUUUAUGAAACACAGAAUAUGAAAUACUUCAGCUCACUUAUUGUCGAUCCUGAGUCAGCAGUCCUUGGAUACCGUGGAGAGAAGCAAAUACCAAUGACUGCUGACCACCGUUCGAUAUGCAAGUUCGACACACCUCAGGACUCCAAUUAUAUACUUCUAAGAGACUCGCUUGCCUCGACAGUGAGUAAGAUCACUACAGCAAUUCCGGAGAAGAGGCAUGAAACGAUCAAGAGCCUCAAGAAUUACCUCCAAGUUUCCGAUAUGUUGGACGAUGAUCUAGCAAAUGUUUGCGAAUCUCGGAUGCCUGGAUCGUGCGAGUGGAUUUCGAACAAAGACGAUUACAUCAGAUGGAGGGACGGUGAAGAAGCUGAUGCCAGAACGUUAUGGAUCAAGGGCAGACCUGCAACUGGGAAAUCUGUUCUGGCUGGUUACGUUGUCAAUCAGCUAAGGGAGUCUGGUCAGAUUUGCAGCUACUUCUUCUUUAAACACGGAGACAGGUCCAAGGCUUAUCUGGGCCGUUGUCUCCGACGUCUAGCCUUUCAGAUGGCGGCAUCGAACGUUGAAGCCAGUGAUACCAUUCUAAAGAUGCAGGCGGAUGGUAUUUCUUUCGACGGCAUUGACGAACGUACGCUCUGGAGGAUUCUUUUCCUUUCCGGUAUCUUUAGGGUUCCCAUGGCUCGGCAAUACUGGGUCAUCGAUGCCUUGGAUGAGUGCUCAAACCCUCUGGUGCUUUUGCAGGCCAUUCUCCCUACCAUGGAUGAGUCUAUACCACUGCGGAUUCUAGUCACAAGUCGAGACACGGUCGAGCUAGAUCAAGGUUUCGCGGGCAUCCCAGUGAAUAUGGUCCAGAUUUUGCCAGUGACUACGACGGAUACACAAUCAGAUCUCAGGCUCUUAAUCAAAAGUCGGAGCCAGGCCUUGGCAAUAGCGAGACCUCAAGAUCGAAGCGCACUAGCUGAGACGAUUUUAGACAAAUCGAGAGGGUCUUUCUUGUGGACGAUUUUGGUCAUCGAGGAACUCCAACGCUGCCACAGUAGAAAGGAAAUCCACCAGAUUCUUGAAGAUGUACCAAGGGGCAUGAAGUCACUAUACAAGCGGACUCUCGAUUACAUGUCACAAGUCAGCCGGGGAAAGGAGCUGGCCAAAACCAUUCUAGUAUGGGCAGCUUGUGCAGUUCGACCAAUGACUAUCGGUGAGCUAGAUGGUGCUUUGACCCUGGAUAUUCAAGACACAUUCCCGAACUUGGAGGAAAGCAUUUCAACGCUAUGCGGUCAGUUGGUGAUUGUUGAUAAGCAAGGACGAGUAAAUAUGGUGCAUGAAACAGCCAGAGAAUUCCUCACAUCUGUUGGAUUGGAAUCCGAGUUCUCCAUUGACGUAACUCAAGCCCACGCUCGAAUGGCAGAGGUGUGUCUGAGCUACCUCGUAGGAGACGAGAUGAAGCCUCCAAGGAACAGACGUCGCCGAUCUUCGGCGAACUUACUAACAAGGCAGGAUUUUGCCAUCUAUGCAUACACAGCAUACUCAUAUCAUCUGUUGAAAGCUGAUUCGUUAGCUGCAGGGACAUUCCAGCUUGUCACUCAGUUCCUGAAGUCUAAUGUGCUCACCUGGAUCGAAGCGAUUGCUGACUCCCGAGAUCUCACACAACUCAUUCGUGCCUCUAAGCAUCUCAAAGCCUACAUGAAUCGGUGUGUUGUUGAACGCUCACCACUUGAUCCUCAGAUGAGGGCACUACGGCAAUGGAGCAUGGAUCUUGCUCGGAUUCCGGCCAUGUUUGCUAAUGCGCUCGCGGUAUCACCCUCCGCAAUAUACUCACUAAUACCUCCAUUUUGUCCUACUGAGUCCAUGAUAUACAAAGUAGGGGGCUCAAAUCAGAGGCUCGAAGUCCUUGGUGCGUUCAACGAGCAAUGGGAUGAUAGAAUAUUAUGCGUCGAUUUUCGGACGGGUCAACUGAAGGCUUUACGCUAUGGGGAUGGAUUCCUAGCCAUCGCACUUGGCUCAGGGACAGUCAUACUGUAUUACACUGCAUCCCAUCAGGAGUACAAAACCUUUGGUCAUGGCGAAUCUGUUAACCUGAUUGCCUUCAAGACUGGAUCCGACCUCAUGGCAACAUGUGGUAUCAAGACAACCAAGAUCUGGGACAUCAGAACAGGUCAGGUAGUCCACACCCUCGUCAGCCCGCCACGUCCGCUGGGUAUGGAAUUCGACGGAGAUAUGCUCAUCAUUGCAAGUCGCAAUAACUGCAUAGACAGUUGGAAGUUGGGUCAUAACGUCCGUCCCGAGUCGGUACGUAGACCAUGGGGUGAUGCCAAUACACCAGAGGUGAACAGAAUACCACUGAGUGGGGUUCCGUGCGCUCUUGCUCUUUCUACCAGCCAUGGCAUGCUUGCUGUAGCUUACAAUGGACAGCCCAUUAUCCUAUGGGAUAUGGAAGAGGACACUUAUGCCGGUAGCUGCGGAAAGAAGCUCUCAAAUGGGGAGACUUCCACGCAUGUCAUCGUAGCGCUUGCGUUCAACCCCAAUCCCGACAUAGGCCUUCUUGCAGUUGCAUAUCUCGACGGCGAUCUCGCUCUACUUGAUCCUCAUACCGACCGGCAGCUGGAGUGUUUUCGUGCCAACUGCCAAACCCUUGCCCCAAGCCCCAAUGGACGUUUUCUUGCAGCAGGUUGUGCCAAUGGAAUCAUCCAUGUUUACGAGUUUGAUACGUUUAAGCUCCUCUAUAGGGUCAAGUCAAGUAACUCAUACAUAAAGCAACUUGCUUUCUCCAAGGACAGUAUGCUACUCGCCGAUAUACGAGGUAGCCAGUGCACUGUGUGGAAACCGGAAGCACUGUUGCGGGAGUCCCUGAGCGAUGACAGCAGUGGCCUCACUUCUGCGACUUUGAUUGAGACGGUUUCUCUGGAGGCGAAAGCGAAGGUAACUUCUAUGGCGCUCCAUCACAAGUCUACAGUCAUCCUUUGUGGGAAGGAUGAUGGGUCGGUCGUGUUCUAUGAGCGAAAAACAGGAGCAAGUUUGGGCGUGCUCUACAAGCACAAAUCUGCAGUUCGUUUGUUGGUUUGGAUUGAAAAUAGAGAUGCUCUCCUCAGUGUCGAUGCUUCCAACCGGAUCUUUUUAUACAGGAUCCAAAUGUCAUCGGACAAAGGCUGGCUCACUGAUCCAAUAGAACUCUUCAAGACCCGCCUCGACUCUGAGAAGGCAAUCACAGAUGUCACAAUAGGAGACGUCGCGGCCAAAUUCCUGGUAUCAACUCGCGAGUCCGAUCAUCUGUUCGACUUAAAUGACGGUAAGAAUGAGAUGGAACAAACAUAUCCCCAAAUACCAAGCAUCCGGAAAUGGUUCCCCCAUCCACAAUCCUCCCAGCACCUGAUAUGUGUGGACAAUGUCAAAAUAAGCGCCCACAGCUGGCGCAACUUGACUGAAGUCUCUUCGAUGAAACUUUCAUUGGACGGUCAGACGGGAGAACUUACAAAUGCGACCUUGUAUUCACUUGGUCAAGAACACAGAAUCAUGCUCCAUUUAGCGCAACCAAGAAGUUCCACACAAACCAGCAGAAUUGCUGUCAUCAACCUGGAACAUAUUCCUGUCCAUGGCAGCGACUCUAGCCUCUCACAAAGGAGGCAAACAUAUGCUUUGGCCACGUUUCAUCAAUCUACCGCGGAUGACAAGCGAGAUAUUAUUAAGUCGUCAAACCUGACCGCUGCACUUUGUUCGCGUGUGACUCAAUUUGAACUCGAUAUUACCCAUUUCAUAGGAGUUGAUGACUCAAGCAGACUCAUAUUCCUGAAUCAUUCUUCUUGGGUAUGCUCCGUUGAUCUCAGCGCCAGCGGAUUGGAUAUUACGCAGCGUGACGGCGAAUCUUCAAUAGAGAUUUCUGAGCACUUUUUUAUUCCGCAAGACUGGUUUGCUGGGAAAAAAGAUAUUGUUUGUAUCUUGGCGAAGGGAGAUAUUGCACUAACUCGGGGCGGCGACCUGGCAGUAAUCCGGGGUGGUGUUGAGUAUAACGAGGCCGCGUUUCGUACGGUGGUCUGGACUGCGACGUGAUAUUUUCAGGCUCUUGUAUCGGAUAUUUAACUGAUAAGAUAUCUGCAAAGCUGCUGCUUCAACUUGAAUUCCCUAUUGCUAGGCUUCCCUUCACAACAGACACAUCAAACCGUCCAUCACUCCUCACUGAAGAUGCAUCACCCACCUUUCAUCCGUGUUCGAUCUGAGGAUGGAUAUUUCAAGAAUGUUUUCCUGUGCUUCCUUUUUAGAGGGAGCUCCAAAGUUUCGUAUUACAUUCGGCUAGAAGCCCUAAUACGUCUCAUUUCACUUACAUGGCUCGCUACUGGUACUGUCUAUCUCACAGGCAAUGCUUAAUUCAGUUCCUAGGAAUUCUCUCUGUUGGAUCUGUUACCAUUGCGGCCAUGAAAAUGGGUAGCAAAUCCUGGGGGACCGCGAAAACUUUAGUUCCCAGAUGAUAGCCCGCAAACUACAAGAAAGCAUUGCUGCUUGUUUUGCCUAUAACAUAUCUGAGGUCACCGUUCUCAAGAAAUUGCAAAAUCUGGGGAGAAAAGAUAGUCUGUAUUAAUAUUGCCGUAGCUAUGUUAUGUUCUCUGUUACUUUUCUCUUGGGGGCGGGCUGUUAGGAUCAUUUUGUUGCUUUGUCGGCCUUUGAUCUUCUAUCGUGUCUUAUUGUCUUAUUCCAUAGCACCCUCAACACGAUAUGGGAGUUUAGAAAUACAUAAAACAGUCAAGACCCAGAGGAGAACUUCCUCGAAGAUAAAGACUUUUGCAAUAUCC